CGUGUUUACAGCGAGCACGGUAGACUACAGACUGACCGAAAGAGAUUGUGAAUGUACCUGUACAUUAAUCUGUCUAACUACGCGACCUGUUCAGCUAUACAUCGACGGAGGGAAUUAGAUAACCAAAGGACUUGAGCGACCCAGAGCAACAAGGUCAAAUACCCAUUUUCCCGUUGAUAUGAAGGAUUUGGGGGGAUUUACUUAUCCAGGAAUGAGGUCUCGAACGGAAAGGAACCGCUUGACCUUGUUUUGGGGUCUGAUGCUGGGUCUGUCGUCCUGCCUCCGGCCCGCCACCGCAGAGAUCUGUGGUCCCAGCAUUGACAUUGGCAAUGACAUCAGUGAAUUCAAGCGUUUAGAGAACUGCACAGUGGUGGAGGGCUACUUGCAGAUCCUCCUCAUCGGUGACAAAAACAACAAUAACAUCAACCAGGAAGUCUUUCGCACCCUCAGCUUCCCCAAGUUAACCAUGAUCACUGACUACCUGCUGCUAUUCCGGGUAUCUGGCCUGGACAGUCUGAGCACGCUGUUUCCCAACCUUGCCGUUAUUCGCGGACGUAACCUCUUCUACAACUAUGCGCUGGUAAUCUUUGAGAUGACCAGCCUGAAGGACAUUGGUCUGUACAACCUGAGGAACAUCACCCGCGGCUCCAUCCGCAUUGAGAAGAACCCUGAGCUCUGCUACCUGGACUCCAUAGACUGGUCCCUCAUCAUGGACGCCGAGUUCAACAAUUACAUUGCCGGGAACAAGCAGUCCAAGGAGUGCAGCGAUGUUUGUCCAGGCAUCAUGGAGAACAACCCACAGUGUAAAAAGACCAUGUUCAACAACAACUACAACUACCGCUGCUGGAAUUCCAAUCACUGCCAGAGAGAGUGCCCUGAGAAGUGUGUACGGCGAGCAUGCACAGCGGAUGGCGAGUGCUGCCACCCUCAGUGUCUGGGCAGCUGCACAGUAUCUGGUAGUGACACAGCAUGUGCCGCAUGUGUGCAUUACUACCACCAAGGGCGCUGUGUGGCUGACUGCCCUCUCGGCACCUACAAGUUUGAGGGCUGGCGCUGCAUCAGUGCCGAGCUUUGCUCCAAAGUCCACCUUCCCGAUUUUGACAGCUUCAUCAUCCACGGUGGAGAGUGCAUGCCGGAUUGCCCAUCUGGGUACACACGCACUGCACCCAACAGUAUGAACUGUACAGCCUGUGAUGGUCUGUGUGAUAAAGUAUGUGAGGAGAAGGUCAUCGACUCCAUGGAUGCUGCUCAGUCUCUCAAAGGCUGCACUGUUAUCAAAGGCAACCUGCAUAUCAACAUCCGCAGAGGCCACAACAUGGUGGCAGAGCUGGAGAGUUUCACAGGUUUGAUCCAAAGGGUGACAGGGUAUGUGCGGAUCAGACACUCCCAUACUCUGAGUUCCCUGGCCUUCCUCCGCAGCCUCAGAUACAUCGAUGGAGAAGACCUUCUGGAAGACAUGUAUGCCUUCUCAGCAUUCGACAACCAGCAGCUCCAGUAUCUUUGGGACUGGAAGCAGCACAAUCUCACCAUCAGAACAGGAAAGCUGUUCUUCAGAGCCAACCCAAAGCUCUGCAUGUCUGAGAUCCGCAGCAUGUGGGACAAGACGGGCAUCCACGGCCGCUUUGAUGAGAGCGUUUUCCGAAACAAUGGCGACCGUGCCAGCUGUGAAAGCACUAUUCUGAAGUUUAAGUCCAACAGCACCAGCAGUACAAGGAUCAAACUGACUUGGCAACGCUACCGGCCCCCUGACUACAGAGACCUCAUCAGCUUUAUCCUCUACUACAAGGAGGCACCUCACCAGAACAUCACGGAGUUCGAAGGGCAGGAUGGCUGUGGCUCCAACAGCUGGAAUAUGGUGGAUGUGGAGCUGAGGCCAGACAAGGACUCAGACCCUGGAGUUCUGCUGUCCAACCUGAAACCCUGGACGCAGUAUGCCGUCUUUGUCAAAGCUAUCACGUUGAUGGUGGAGGACAAACAUAUGCCGAGUGCCAAGAGCAAGGUGGUCUACAUCCGCACAAGCCCCUCGGCCCCCUCCAUGCCUCAGGAUGUGCGAGCAUACUCUAAUUCCUCUACACAGCUUGUUGUGCGUUGGUCGCCCCCUGUUUCACCAAAUGGAAACCAGACUUACUACCUGGUCAGAUGGCAGCAACAAGCCGAAGAUAGGGAGCUGUACCAGCACAACUACUGCUCUAAAGAGCUGAAGAUCCCCAUAAGGAUUGCUGCCAUAGGUGUGGGAGACCAGGAAGAGGACACCAAGCCCACGAAGCCAGAUCCUGAGGGAGGGGAUAAAGGUCCCUGUUGCCCCUGUCCCAAGUCAGUGGAGGACCUUGAGGCGGAAGCUGCUGAUGCCUCCUACCGAAAAGUCUUUGAAAACUUCCUGCACAACUCAAUUUUUACACCAAGGCCACCAGAUCGUCGCCGUAGAGAUGUCUUUGCUGUCGCCAACUCCACUCACUCCCGCCGCAACCGUCUGCACACCAACAGCAGCACUGUCCCUCCUCUCCAAGCCGCUGGUAACAGCAGCCUCAUCGCUGAACUGGAGCCAGCGGACAGAGAGUUUGAGUUCAUGGAGCAAUCUGUGGUGGAGCGUGAGCUGCAGAUCUCUGGCCUGCAGCCGUUCACAGUUUACCGCAUCGACAUUCACGCCUGCAAUCGGCAGGUCCAGCGUUGUAGCGCGGCAGAGUUUGUCUUCUCCAGAACUAAGCCUGCAGAAAAGGCUGACGACAUACCAGGCCCAGUGACCUGGGAGGGCCAUGAAGACUGGGUGUUUCUGCGCUGGCCAGAGCCACCUCACCCCAACGGACUAAUUCUCAUGUAUGAGAUCAAGUUUAAACUGGCUGCUGAGACUGAGAAGCACGAGUGUGUUUCUGGUCAGAUGUAUCAGGUCCAGCGUGGCGUUCGGCUUUCCAACCUCAGUCCAGGAAACUACUCAGUCAGAGUUAGAGCCACGUCACUGGCUGGCAACGGCUCCUGGACACCCAGUUUGGAUCUCUAUGUGGCUGAACGAUAUGAACACGUCCUCUAUGCUAUGAUCUUUGUUCCUAUCGCCAUCAUCCUCUUCAUCUGCCUUCUGGUCACAAUGCUGGUGGUCGUCAACAGGAAAAGGAACAGCGACCGUCUUGGAAAUGGAGUCCUGUAUGCCUCAGUCAACCCAGAGUACUUCAGCGCUGCAGAAAUGUAUGUACCAGAUGAGUGGGAAGUGGCGCGGGAGAAGAUCGCCCUGAGUCGUGAGCUUGGCCAGGGGUCAUUUGGCAUGGUGUAUGAGGGCUUGGCAAAGGGCGUGGUCAAAGAUGAACCAGAAACACGUGUUGCCAUCAAGACUGUGAACGAGUCGGCCAGCAUGAGGGAGCGAAUAGAGUUUCUCAAUGAAGCCUCUGUCAUGAAGGAGUUUAACUGUCACCAUGUGGUUCGUCUCUUGGGAGUGGUCUCUCAGGGCCAGCCCACCUUGGUCAUCAUGGAGCUGAUGACACGAGGAGACCUGAAGAGUUACUUACGCUCCCUCCGACCUAAAGAGCAACAGUGGUCGAGCCUGUCUCUCCCUCCUCUGAAGAAGAUGCUUCAGAUGGCAGGGCAGAUAGCUGAUGGCAUGGCUUACCUCAACGCCAACAAGUUUGUCCACAGAGAUCUGGCAGCCAGGAACUGCAUGGUGGCCGAGGACUUCACCGUUAAGAUAGGAGAUUUUGGCAUGACCAGAGAUAUCUAUGAGACAGAUUACUACCGCAAAGGUGGUAAAGGUUUGCUUCCUGUCCGAUGGAUGUCACCCGAGUCUCUGAAGGAUGGAGUCUUCACCACUAACUCUGAUGUCUGGUCGUUUGGGGUUGUAUUGUGGGAGAUUGCCACUCUGGCAGAGCAGCCCUACCAGGGUCUGUCCAAUGAGCAGGUGCUCCGAUUUGUCAUGGAGGGAGGGCUGCUGGAGAAACCACAGAACUGCCCUGACAUGCUGUUUGAACUGAUGCGAAUGUGUUGGCAGUACAACCCUAAAAUGCGUCCAUCCUUUGUGGAGAUCAUCAGCAGCAUAAAGGAUGAGCUGGAACCGUCUUUCAAAGAGGUUAGUUUCUUCUACAGUGCUGAUAACAAGCCAACCGACGAUCCGCAGGUCCACCUGGACAAAAUGGACAACAUUGAUGACGUUCCUAUGGACCCCCCUUCUUCCACACAGCCACAGCAAUCCCCAGUCCACCAACAGACCCCACCUUCCCCGGGCUCAGAGGCUCCACCCGCCCCCUCGCUAAGCCCCAGCUCCCCAUCCUCUCCCUGUACAUCGACUGCUGCCAUGGACAAGCAGGCCUCUGGCCAGCAGGCAGCCAAUGGGCUGUCGGGUCCGAGCCUUGCAGCAGGGUCAGGACUCGGGACAGGCACAGGCGUCACGAUGAGGCCAUCUCUGGAGGAACUGCCGCCAUACGCACACAUGAACGGAGGACGCAAAAACGAACGUGCCAUGCCUCUCCCACAAUCCUCUGCCUGCUGAUUGGACAGCGACACCCACCAGACUGCAAACCCUGCCGCCUGCUGCUCUGCAGAACCUGAUGUCACAAUGGGUGGGAUCUUUGGUUUUCUUUUUCUUUUUUUCUUUUUUUUUUAGAUAAAAUACAGCAAAACCAUGUCUACCAGCUGGGUGUGGCUACUCAGUGAGGAGCAAAGGCUCACAGGAAGGUGGAGAACACUGUCAGUUAGUUCAUUUUCUGCUGUAACUCCACACACUUUUUUUCAUAUUGUUCUGCUUUUGGUUUCUACCAGCUGGCUGUCAGAUGUGACACUGCCCUUGCUGCUGAGUGGGAAGACCAAAAAAAAAAACGGUAAAAGAAAGAAAAAAAAAAAUUAAAAUCAUUUGGGGGAGCUCUCUUUCUCUCUCUCUUUAUGGAUGAACUUAUUCUGAACUUAUUUUAUAAAUUGUCGUUUGUUACUUUUUUAUAUGUAUUUUCCAAAUGGAGAAACAAAAUGUGUAGGCCUUUAUAAAUGACCGGCGUUUUGGUCGCUUUUGGGCGGGCAUUAUGGUGAAACUGUUAAGCAUAUCUAAUGAAGAAGAGGUCAGUGUCUCCGUUGGUCGUUCAGUCGUCUUGUUGCUCUGCAGGCUGAGUGUCAGCGUAAUGCCAGGUCAACAGCCAAUCCGCUAAAACUAACAACCAGAGAGAGAAAGGUCAAAUCUGCCAAAUUUGUUGCCAAAAUUGUACUUUUUGUCAAAUUAUCUCUUCUCCAACACACCGGAUUAAAAAUGUAAGCAAAACAAAAGCACUUUGAUCUGCCACCACACUGUUCUAAAAUCUGUGAUCAAACAUCCCUCUAAAGUCGUUCACCACUCCUCUAUUGCUGUUUGAUAUCUACAGCUACUGUGCUCUAUCAAAUUGACAUCAUAGACCUUGGCUGUAUCAAUUUAUCUGAAAUUGAGCCACAUCCUGUCACAAAGUGCUGUUUCGUUACGGUUAAACCGCCAAAUCCAGUCAAUAAAAUAAAUCAAGGACUGCGGAGGGAAACGCAUAAAGAGGAAAACAAAUAUGAACACUAAAUCUACGACGUCUCUCAAUCGGGGUUUGCUCCGUGUUCAGAGGCAUCCUUGUUGUAUACAAACAGGUAUUUUUUUAGACUAGUCAUUAGUCUCAACAUUUACAACAUCUCUACAUGGGCAGAGCAUUUAUGUACACACCAGUUGUUUGUGUCACUUUUCUAACUUUUAUAUGGUUGGAGACAUUUAUCAUGUACAGAAAGAAGCUGCUAUUCCUUAUUUCUCUUGUGGUUGUAAUAUAGUUAAUAUCUAUAUAUAAAAAGAGAAAAAUCUCCUUCAGGUUGGAUCUACGAACGUUUCCACUACAGUCCAUUUUUUUAAUGCUUGUAAUUGUGUAAAGUGUAUCUGAGCUAGUUUCGUUUCUGUGUUUGCAUAAAAGGUACGACAAAUUGCCUUGUGUUUUGAAACACCGGUAAAGUCCCCUCCCAUCUGACUAGAGGACAGUGAUGGUGCCAGUGACCAUCGAUGUUCUCGUGUUCUCUCGGGACACCUUCGACCUCUGUCCUCUAGGGUUUGGACUAAACCACCUCUACCCACCAUCAUACUCAGAGGUCAGGUGUCACUGCUGAGUCCCAACUAAAUCUCAGGUCAAAGAGAAAAGUUAAAUCCUUUUCUACUUUCUUUUUUGUGCUGUCAUGCCCAGAGACAUCCUGUCUGGUGUGUGUCUGAUUCUAUGUCCCUCUGACUCUUUUAUUGCAUUUUCUUUGAUCAUUAGACAAGAGCAGUGUUUCUUACAUCAGUCUGAAACCAGAAUGGGGUUUUUCUAGUUUUGAAUGGGUCCUUUCACUUAUUGUAUGGAGCCCCAAUACUGACAAAAUGUAGUAAAAGGUGAAAAUCAGAAAAGGCAAAAAUAUCAGUAACAUCGGUAAAUAAUAUUGUUAGUUAAAUAAUUGAAAUGGA